AUGGUGGCAUCGGAGAAGGGGCACGGGUUCAGGGGCAUCACCCAGCGGCCAAACGGGAAAUGGAUAGCGCGGCUACCGUGGGGAGGGACACAAUUGCACUUCGGCUACCACCCCACGCCAGAGGCAGCGGCGCACCACGCCGACAUGUGCCCCUCAUGCAGCGGCGCAUACCUGAUUCAUGGCGACGAGGCGGAGUUCAACCUGCCAGACCUCAUGACCGAGGAGCUCAAGGCCGAGCUGGACGAGUACGAGGACGUGUAUGCGUAUCUGGAUGACUUGAAGAAGGAGUCAGAGGCCAAGCAGGACGCCCGCUUCCGCAAGGGCAGCAGCCGGCACCGGGGCGUCAGCUGGUAUACUGCAGGCGGCAAGUGGCGAAUGCAAGCUUCGUUACGUGGAGGCAGGCGCUUUGAAAAGUUCUUCGACAACGAGGAUGACGCGGCGGCCAAGCCUGCGGCCUCCAAGGCCAGGGCAAAUCGCAAGCGCGCCACAGCGGCGGCGGCAGGAGCACCAAGCGGCAGCGGCGGGGCGGCAGAUGAUAUGGCGGACGAGGCUGAUGAUGAGGCCGAGGAGUCUUCGGACUAUGCCAGCAGCAGCGAGGAGGGCGCGUGGGGCUUUAGGGAUAGCGACGACGACUGGAGCGAUGCCUCGGAGGAGGAUUCUGAUGAAGAGGAGGAGGAGGAGCAGGAGGGCUGGCUGCGGGACCGCUUUGAUGUCUUUUACGACUCCGCUCUGGCCUGCGAGCGCUUUGAGGAGGAGUACGGGCGCCCGCCCUGCGACGACUUUGACGAGAUUGAGGAUUGGGAAGAGGAGAACCCCGGCUGGGUGCCUGAGGAGCUCAAGUUCAUGCUGGCCGACUGGGGAGUGGUGGUGGUGGACUAUGAGGAGGAGCUUGAGAAGUUCCGCACGCAGCGCGUCGAAGUGGCAGAGGCCAAGCAAGCGGCGGCAGAGGCGGCCGUGGGCACUCCAGACGAGGCGAAGGCGGCGCGGGCGGCAGCGCGGGCGCUCAGGGCUGCCGAGCGCAUGGAGGACGAGCUGCCCACUGAGGCAGAGCUGGUCAACCGAGAGGUGGUGGCGUUUGUCAACAAGCACCGCUCGGCGGUGGCGGCAGCAGCGGCGGCCGAGUCCGCGCUCGACCCGCGGGAGCGCUUUGCCCGCUCAGUGCGGCGCUUCAACCUUGAGAACUUGAUCCCCAAGCCGGGCGAUGACAAGAACACGCCCGCCCACCUGAUGGCCGAGCUGCGGCGGCUGGAGCGGGACCUGCCGCAGUACCUGGAGGCGCUUUCCAGCAUGGAGGACCAGGAGCUGGCAAAGGGCGCGGCCGAUAAGCUGGUGAAAGAUGUGCUGAGCAGCCGGCGUGUGGUGGAGGUGCGGGGCUGGGACAUGGCGGAGCAAAGCGCAGAGGCCAAAGCCACACUGCGGCAGCUGAUGGGCCUGGCGGGCGUGGAGCCAAGCAGCAGCGAGGAGAGUGAGAGCGAGGAGGAGGAGGAGGAGCCUUAUAUCCCAACCUUCUUCCCGCGCGGCUUCGAAAAGUGGGGGGUGGAGGAGAUGGCGGCGUUCCUGCGCCACAUCGUGGCUGCCGCCGCUGCUCACACCCCAGGCAAGUGCAUGAGGCUUCCUCCCGCAGCCGCCAAGGGACGCGACGAGGUAGCGGCGCCCCAGGUGGCGCCACGCACCGCCACCGGCGCCAGCAAGGCGCAGCAGGCGCCCGUGCCUGUGCCUGCGCAGCAGUCUGCGGCUGAGGCAGCCGCCAGCACCGCGGCUUUCUUCAAGGCAGCCGCCGCAGCCGGCAACGGCCUGGGUGGCGGUGCCAGCACCACCCCUUCCGCCUCUGCCCCCGCCAUCCCUGCCCCUGGUGCCUUUACCAGCGCUGGGUUCACCGGGUUCAGCUGGGCCACCAGCGCUGGCCCCGGCUUCACGUUUGGCAGCGGGGGCAACGAGGAGAGCGGCGCCGGCGAGGCCAGGGGUGGUGCAGAGGCCAGCGGCAACGGCGCACAGGACAGCGCAGGCGCCGGCACCGACGGCCUCACCCGCGCCGCCGCCACGCGCCUUUGCCUGGAGAUGCGAGCCGAGCGGGAGCGCCAGGCGUCUGCCGCUGCCGCCGCUGCCGCGGGCGGCGGCUUCGGUCCUGCCGACGCUGGGCCCAGCCUGGCAGAGCUGAUGGAGGCAGCCCGGGCGAAUGCUGCCGAGGAUGAGGAGCUGGAGCGGCGGCAGGCGGCUAUGGAGGUGGAGCUGCUGACGCUCAAGAGCGCACUCGCAGAAAAGGGGCUCCGCAUGGGGGAAGCCAUCAGCGCCAACCAGUUUUUGAAGGUGUGCGUGUACUGGGAGGGACAUGUGGCGGCGGCGCUGAGGGCCAAAGACCUCGCCACGGUGAAGAAGAUUCUGGGGCCCGACUGGCGAGGCCGCCUGGCGCGUGCGGCGCAGCCUGGUGCCGAGCCGCUGUUUGGCACACAUGACGGCCUGGCCUCGCUGCCGCCCAUCAAGGUCGGCAUCGGCGAAAUCAUGGGGGAGAUGACGGGCAACAUCCCCACCCACUACAUCAGCGCAGAGCUGGCGGGGGAGCUGGGGGUGGAGGUGCCUGAGGGGUCGGGCCGAGCCAUGAUCCCCGUGGUGGAUGACUUCACGCUGCAGAACUGGUUCAUGAAGACCUGCGAGCAGGCGGCGGCAGGCCAGCCGAUGACCGGCUUUGGGUAUGGCGGCGAUGCCGAGGAAAGCUGGAAUGGGAAGGCAUGCCACGUUCCCUGGCCGCAGCCCCACAACCAGCGGAGCCGGAGGGAGAUGAAGGAGGUGCGUGGGGCGUCCGAUGGCGGCGGCGCCAAGAUGGGAGGCCCCUGGCCGGAUGCCGCGGACCAGGAGGAGGCAGAUAGGAUGGCGGCUGCCGUGGUGGCCGCCGCGACCGCCGCCGCUGUGGCGCCCUCGUCAGGGCAGCAGCAGCAGCAGGCUGGGGGUUCAGGGUCGGGGCAGCGCCAGGCCCAUCAGCAGCAGCAGCAGCAGCAGAGGCAGCAGCGUGGGGCUCGCCUGAAUGAGCAGAUGGAGGGGCUGUGCCUGUCAGAGGAUGAUGCUGAUGAUGAGGUGGUGGUGAUGGAUGUGGAGCAGCAGCGGCGGGCCAUGGGCAAGGGGAAGCAGGCGGUGAGGUAG